GGCCCGGGCCAAUGGGAGCACCCCGUGGCGCCGGCCAAGCCGCCGGGCCAUAAAAAGGAGGCGCUGCCGGUCUGUCCAGCCGGCGGCGGCCUUGACUCGAGCGUGUCUCUGCCAGAUCGCUUACCGUCCUCAGGUGAUUCGGGCCACAGGUCAUUGCGGGCCGCCGCCUGCGAAGUUUAGCUGCAGCCCCCUGAGGCGCCCCGGGGUCUCCCCGAGCGGUAGCAGCGGGACCAUGGAGAAGGGCCCGGUUCGGGCGCCGGCGGAGAAGCCGCGGGGAGCCAGGUGCACCAAUGGAUUUCCCGAGCGGGAGCCGUCGCGGCCCGGGCCAAGCUUGACGGCGGAGAAGUCCCCGCCGCCCGAGGCCAAAAGCCCCCAGCCCGCGGACGGCUGGAAGGGCGAAGGACCCCGCGGUGUGGAGGAUAACGAGCUGAACCUCCCCAACCUGGCGGCCGCCUAUUCGUCCAUCCUGCGCUCUCUGGGCGAGGACCCCCAGCGGCAGGGGUUGCUCAAGACGCCCUUGAGGGCGGCCACGGCCAUGCAGUUCUUCACCAAGGGCUACCAAGAGACCAUCUCAGAUGUCCUGAAUGAUGCUAUAUUUGAUGAAGAUCAUGAUGAGAUGGUGAUUGUGAAGGACAUAGAUAUGUUUUCCAUGUGUGAACAUCAUCUAGUUCCAUUUGUGGGAAAGGUCCAUAUCGGUUAUCUUCCUAACAAGCAAGUCCUUGGCCUCAGCAAACUUGCCCGGAUUGUAGAAAUCUAUAGUAGAAGACUGCAAGUCCAAGAACGUCUUACAAAACAAAUUGCUGUGGCAAUCACGGAAGCCUUGCAGCCUGCAGGAGUUGGGGUAGUGGUUGAAGCAACACACAUGUGUAUGGUAAUGCGAGGGGUGCAGAAAAUGAACAGCAAAACUGUGACCAGUACAAUGCUGGGUGUGUUCCGGGAAGAUCCCAAGACCAGGGAGGAGUUUCUCACUCUCAUUCGGAGCUGAACUGGAGCAUGGCGUCUCGCAGGUCCGACUGCUAAUGGUGUUGUCUUUCAUCAUGCCUCCCCUUUUCAUUUGUUACAGAUGUUAACUUUAUGCCUUGUCAAUAAUUGUAUUUAAAAUUAUUUAUAAAGUCAAAUUAAAAAUGAUUCACAUAGGGGUAAGCCCUGCGCUUUCUUCUUGCCACCUUGUAGGGGCAGUGUCUAAGGUGAACUGCCAGCAGCCUAAGUUACAUGCACAAACCACUGCCAUUCAGAUAACCCAAGGGUGCUGGGGAGGAGGAGAAUCUGUGUAUGUGAAUGAAAUCCGACAGUGAUCUGUCUUAUCAGCAUAGGAGAAUCGGGCAUGGGAAAAGCAGUUCCUUUUCCUCUGCCACAGAAAUGGUAUAAUGCUGAAAGUACUCUAAUAAUUCACGAACAGUGUGCAGCCUUGCUCUGUGAAUUCGAAGUCCAGCAGCUCUGCUUCGAUCAUGUUAAUGAAUUCACAAAUGACAUUUCGUUUUUAUUUAUUUAUCAGCUAUCCAUUUUUAACAUUAGUCACCAAGGGAAGGUGGUGGAAUAUCUACUUUUUUCAAUUUUACUGUGAGUUAAAAAGGCACAUUUCUACCUUCUUUCUUAAUUCAAGUACAGGGAAUUAGUUCCUGGAGUUGUUUACGAGUUAUUCUCACGUCAACAUACAGGGAUUUAGACAUUUAACUCUCUGUGCCUUGAUGAGAAUAUCACACCAGUUAGCCUGUAGAUACUUUUGCCUUUUUUUUAAAAGCCAUUAUUUUAUAAGUCUUAGUACUCACACGGCAGAUAACUAGUCCCACAGCUGUCUCUUUAGAAGUUUCUUGGACAUUUUUAUUUUGAUCUUAUGAAAUAUUUUUCUAAGGAUUUCUAGAAACUUUUGGGAAUGCUCAUCAUUGUCAGGUCUGAAGAACUCUAACUUCCAAGAACCCAAAAGAGUGCAGAUGAAUUGUCUGUGGCCUGCCUUGGGAGCUGUGCCCCUGUCCUCACAGAGCUGUGCUGUCGUGUUUGUGAAAAUGCACUGAGAACUCUGGUCUUGUUUUCCUUGUGGUCAGUGUGGGUCUUGGGUCUUGUCCUCAGUGUGACUCUGUCCAGGUGGUGUAGGCCUUUCAGUCCAGAAGCUGUUGCCUUAUUACCAUUUAUCUUAAAUUUUGUUCCACUGGGGCAGUGUGGGCCAAAUUAAAACAAAAACACCUAACACUCCCACAAAAACAGACACAGUUAAUUCUACAAAGAAGUGUUUUAUUCCAUCAGCAUAGUGCUCUUCACAUUUAUUCAUUCUUUUUUAAAAAAAGGAAUUACGUCGCUUGCUUAAACUGUGGUCAUUCUAUCUCUGCCACUUACUUGCCAUUUAGCUUACAAUGGAGCAAGAUGGUCGAGGUUUCUCUCCUUUUUAAAAAAAAUCUCUACUACUUUCCCCUGUAUUUGGAGUUUCUAAAGUCCAAUGGUGGUUGAUUUUUGAGUUCCAUGUUAAAUCUAAUUUGGAAUAAACAUUAACCUGCUUAAUAUUUAGACAUUUCUAGGUAGAAUUCCAACUCAUGUUUGGUAUUUUAAAGUAAAAACAAGUGUGACUUGGAGGACCAAAGAAUUUGUUAGCUAUAAAUUCCUCUUUGCAGGGCUAGGGACAUAGCUCAGCAGUAGAGCACUUGCCUACCAUGUGCAAGGCCCUGGGUUCAAUCCCCAGCCCUGCAAAUAAAUAAAUAAACAAUCAUUUUUUUUUUGGAGAUCAUUUGUAUUCCUUUGGAAUGACUUUGUCCUGACAUUCCCUAGAAGUGUUCUUAGAAAGUGUGAUGUAUCCACAGGUUUUUGUCUUCUUGGUAAAUGCAAAAUAAUGAUCUUGUCUGUUUUACUCUGGUCUGUAGUACUUCAAAAUUACUUUUUCAUAUUCGUGAUACUGACUCUAUUUGUGGGGGGGGAUUUUUAAGAAUUUGAUGCGUUUAAAUAUACUGUUCAAUUACAUUAUUUGAAUUUUAUGUAUGUGCAUCCCUGAAGUUGGUUCUAUUUAAAUUAUUAAAGUGUUAUAACUUUG